AAAGGCGGCGUAGACUAAUAGAACGGGAGAAAAGAUGGCGUCCACGGCGGCUGGGAAGCAGCGAAUUCCCAAAGUGGCAAAGGUGAAAAAUAAAGCUCCAGCAGAAGUACAGAUAACAGCAGAACAAUUGUUAAGAGAAGCAAAGGAGAGAGAACUCGAGCUUCUUCCCCCACCUCCUCAACAGAAAAUCACAGAUGAAGAGGAGCUAAAUGAUUACAAGCUUCGGAAAAGAAAGACUUUUGAAGAUAACAUAAGGAAAAACCGGACUGUUAUUAGUAAUUGGAUCAAAUACGCACAAUGGGAAGAAAGCCUCAAAGAAAUACAAAGGGCUCGUUCCAUCUACGAGCGUGCUCUAGAUGUGGAUUACCGAAAUGUAACUCUUUGGCUGAAGUAUGCCGAAAUGGAAAUGAAGAAUCGUCAGGUUAAUCAUGCGCGAAAUAUCUGGGAUCGGGCUAUCACUAUUUUACCAAGAGUUAAUCAGUUCUGGUACAAAUAUACUUACAUGGAAGAGAUGCUGGGGAAUGUUGCUGGGGCCCGCCAGGUGUUUGAGCGUUGGAUGGAAUGGCAGCCAGAGGAACAGUCGUGGCAUUCCUAUAUUAACUUUGAGCUAAGAUACAAGGAAGUGGAUAGAGCACGUUCCAUUUAUGAGAGAUUUGUCAUGGUCCAUCCUGAUGUUAAGAAUUGGAUCAAAUAUGCUCGUUUUGAAGAGAAACAUAGUUAUUUUGUACAUGCAAGGAAAGUAUUUGAAAGAGCUGUGGAAUUCUUUGGAGAAGAACAUAUGAAUGAAUAUUUGUAUGUUGCAUUUGCCAAAUUUGAAGAGAACCAGAAAGAGUUUGAACGGGUGCGAGUAAUAUUCAAAUAUGCCCUGGACAGAAUUCCAAAACAUGAGGCACAGGAGCUCUUCAAAAAUUAUACAAUUUUUGAGAAGAAAUUUGGGGACCGAAGGGGAAUUGAGGAUAUUAUUGUUAGCAAGAGGAGAUUCCAAUAUGAAGAAGAAGUAAAAGCUAAUCCACAUAAUUAUGAUGCUUGGUUUGACUAUCUGCGUCUGGUGGAGAGUGAUGCAGAAUCUGAUACAAUACGUGAAGUUUAUGAAAGAGCCAUUGCCAACGUUCCUCCAAUUCAAGAAAAACGACACUGGAAGAGGUACAUCUAUCUGUGGAUCAAUUAUGCACUUUAUGAAGAGCUAGAGGCAAAGGAUCCAGAGAGAACAAGACAGGUGUAUCAAGCAUGUGUUGAACUCAUUCCUCACAAAAAGUUUACAUUUGCCAAAAUAUGGUUGCUCUACGCACAGUUUGAAAUUAGACAGAAGCAACUCCAUCUUGCCAGGCGAGCAUUGGGGACAUCUAUAGGUAAAUGUCCAAAGAACAAACUAUUUAAAGGCUAUAUUGAAUUGGAGCUACAACUGCGAGAGUUUGAUCGUUGUCGGAAACUGUAUGAGAAGUUUUUAGAAUUUGCACCUGAAAACUGCACAUCAUGGAUCAAAUUUGCCGAGUUAGAAACUAUUCUAGGUGACAUUGAUCGAGCCAGAGCUAUAUAUGAACUAGCUAUUGGCCAGCCUCGAUUGGAUAUGCCCGAGGUGCUUUGGAAAUCUUACAUAGACUUUGAAAUUGAACAAGAGGAAUAUGAGAAUACAAGAAAUUUAUACAGGAGGUUGCUUCAGCGAACACAGCAUGUUAAGGUAUGGAUCAGUUUUGCUCAAUUUGAGCUCUCAGCAGAUAAAAGGAACAAUUUACCACGAUGCCGGCAAAUAUAUGAAGAGGCAAAUAAAACAAUGAGAAAUUGUGAGGAGAAAGAAGAGAGGCUUAUGCUUUUGGAAUCUUGGAAAAACUUUGAAGAGGAGUUUGGAACAGAAUCCAGCAGAGAACGAGUAGACAAACUGAUGCCUGAAAAAGUCAAGAAGCGGAGAAAACUUCAGGCUGAAGAUGGGUCUGAUGCCGGCUGGGAAGAAUAUUAUGAUUAUAUCUUCCCAGAAGAUGCUGCCAAUCAACCCAACCUCAAACUGCUUGCAAUGGCUAAACUCUGGAAGAAGGAGCAACAGGAUGAAAAUCCAGAGACAGACCCAGACAAGGAUAUUGAUGAAAGCAGUCCUUAACAAUAUCUUUGAUUUCUUCUCUUUUAUAUUGUACAGAUUUUUGCUAAUAAACUAUUUCCCCCCCAAAAUUGCUAAUGCUUGAAGUGAAAGAGGCAUGUUUUUAACAUAAGCAUUUAAAGAGUAAUGUAAUAUAAGAGUAAUGGAUAGCUGUGAUUACUCAUAGUAGAGCUGAAAAAUCAGCAGCAAGGAGUAACUGCCCUUUGAGGAAAGAGGAGACAGAUCUCAUAAUCUUUAGCUUAGAAGAAAGACAAAUAAAAUGACAUUAUACAUGUGCACAAAACUGAAGUGAGGAAG